AUGCAUCAACUCUCGAAGCCCUCAUCGACCUCCCCUGUGGGCAAGAAUACUAGAAUCGCCAGAACAUAUCACUAGCUCUGUUUCACGUCUAGGUGUUCACUCUUGCGCACUACUUCCAAAUUCUGCCUCUCGAAGACCUGGUCGCGGCGAAAUCCGGUACGUGUGUGAACCGGGAUCGGAACACUACUGGCUUUGCGAAGGCCAUUCUUGGGCUAUACGAGAACGCCCAAGAGACCACGAAAGGUCGCAAGAAGCGUCAGCAUGCCGUCGAGGUCGCCAGUCUCCACUCUCGGGAUUUGCUGUCGGGCACGGAAGGAGGGGAGUUUCGUCCCAUGCUUGCUGAGCCCAAAGUCGGAAUGGGAAGCAAGGAGACCCCGUCUGGUUCUGCGUAG